AUGCGAUCACCUACUAAGGGGCUUCUUGCCCCUCCAAAAACAUUUCAGAAGUCGGAUGAUAAGAACUCAAGAUCAAGGUCCUCCAGUUUCUCGCGACUUUUCUCGUCAGGAUCUAGUGAUAACUCGCCGCGCCGGCAGGUUCCGCCGCUGCAGGAGAUAUCCACCUCGGCUAUUCCUCCAGAACUUGUGCCCAUUGUUACGCUGCUAUCUGCUCAAUCGCACAGGCGGUACCAUGAGGGCGUUUUCCUGAUUUUAAAAGACUUGAACAGUGACGGUAGCCCCGCCACUCGGACCUGGAAGGAGGUUUACGGUGUGCUAAUCGGAAACCAGCUAGCGCUGUGGGAUGCGCGCCUGCUCGCCGAAAACGGGCAGCGCCCCGAGGACCUAAUGGAAGCUACCUCCAAGCCAACUUACGUGAACUUUACAGAUGCGUCAUUCAGGCCUUUGGACCACAAAGAAGCCGUCAUUGCCGAGGGCAAAAAGCAGCUACAGAACACUAUUGUCGUUUCGACGACUUUGAAAAAUAGAUAUUUUCUACAGUUCAGCGAUAAAGAGGCAUUUACGCAAUGGCAUGCUGCACUCCGCCUUAGCGCAUUCGAGUUCACAGCUCUGCAAGAGGCAUACACAGGUGCGUUCCUAUCGACCAAAGGUGCAAAGCUUGGAGAUAUCCGGGUUAUUCUCGCUGACACAAAGUUUGAUUACGAAGACUGGGUGAGUGUAAGGUUUGGGGCUGGAAUGCCGUGGAAGCGCUGCUACGCAGUUGUUUCCCAACCAUCUAAGAAGAGCAAGAGCAAGCUUAUUUGUGGAGAAAUAAACUUUUAUGAAAACGAGAAGAAGACAAAAAAAGUGAAGGCAAUGACCACAGUCAAAGAUGCGUGUGCAGUUUACGCUCUCUAUCCAUCUUCCCCAGUUCUUAUCGAUACAUCAACAAUGAUAAAGCUUGAAGGUAAGGUCUCCUUCGGUAAGAAAGACGCACCAACCCUCACUGACAUCUUUAUUAUGCCUGAAAAGCACUACGCGGUGCCAGGCUACGAUACGAUCAUAAGGUUUUUGAUACCGAUAAUGAAUGCUUUCCAGCUUUACGGACGGCCCAAGAGGCUUAUUGCGGACAGAAAUAAUCUAGACUCUCUACUAUUUGGUCUUCCGACUCUACCACACGUCCACUUUCUGCAACUACAGGACAUUAUGCCAUUGGCGUCUUCAGCCUCCAAUAUGGAAUGGUCCAUUUUAGACUGGAGAAAUCAUAUUAAGGCUCUUCUGCUGAAAAAGAUUGACCAAGGAUAUACCGGUUGUGGCUCUAGCGAGGGUCUCACAGGCGCUCUAGCUUCCCCCGCCAUCGGCUCAAAUGACCUAUUCGACAGCUCUCCUCUGCCAACUUCCCCCUUGUUGGCAUCAGUAUCGCGACUACCCUCUGAAAACAAAACUGAGUUUGGUUCUAUCAAGUCCAACUUAAGAAACGCGGCAACGACCGACAACAUUGACGGGAAUACCAGUAAGUCCGGAUUACACGAUAGCUCCUCAAAGGCGUCAGACGAUAAGGGGUUUGUGACCGAAACUGCGCCAUCUGCAACUCAAGUAUCUAGAAACGGAGGGUCUUUUGAAGAUGUUUCUGACGAUAAGAAGCAGUCACGUAAGAAGCUCACACCUACGAUUGACAUACAGGAUUCUAACUUCAGCGAAUUUGAGAGAGAAGCGCUCAAACCUAAAACCAGCGAGGCGUUGGGCUUCAGGAAGUCGGAAUUAUCAACAAUUUACGACAAAUACUCUCAGAUGCCCUUUGGUGACAGUGCAGGUCAACCCCCAUCGUUGCCUAUCGAUCGCGAUAACCGGGAUUCCUUCGGUGCUUACAAUGAUUACAUAGGGUCACCUAAGGUCAAGAACUUGGAUAUUUCAAAUUUGAGGGAUUCCAAUAGCACAGAUCAAACGGAUCUGUCGCGAGUUCAUGAUUUUUCGGGAGAAGGUGGCAGAAGAAGCUUUGCUGAUAGCUUUCAGUCAGGAGAGCCGGCGCCCGCGGAAGAACGCUCAGUCAAAGACGAUGUUUUGGAAGAUUUCUACAGCUUGUCACAGCAAAUUUCGAAGAUGGGUCUUGAUAGCCAAGACCGCGCUUCUUUCAGCGCUUCAAAGGCCAACGUCAAUGACGACUUCAACUUUGAAGCAUCAGAAACCAAUGAUAGCAUUGGAGCUCUGGAUAACGUUUUUGAUCCUGACUACCUCGAGCAAAAUCAGAUGCUAGACAAUGAGAGUAACUACACUGCGAAUGAAAGCAAGUCGCAGUAUAGUGGUGACAACACAAACUUAAGUUACCAACCGCUACAACGCGACCAAGCUCAGCCUUCUUAUGGCGGUGAAGGCUUCACAUAUUCUCAGAAGCUCCCAAAGCAACGAGCAGCAAACCAUGUGGUAACCCCGACAUCGCCUCAGUUUUAUCCAAACCAUCCGGUCGAAAACCAAAAUGCAGGGUCCGCGGAAAGGUUGGGGAAGAUGAAACACUCGCCUGCAUAUCCAAACCUCAACACCGUGAACACGCAGACUAACGGCUCGCCAAGCCAUCGUAGAAACCCUGUUCCUCCUCCUCCCCAGGGAGCCCAGUAUUCCCCAAACAAUAUGCAACAUCGCCGCCCAGGCCCUCAGGGUGUACCCUCGGGAGCUCCAAGGCCAGUUCCCCAGCAGUACCCUCAGCAAGUACCCCAGCAAGCUUUCCAGCAGGUUCCCAGGGCGAUGUCCAAGCCGGUUCCCCAACAAGUUCCAUAUUCUAAUAGGCCUUAUGUCCCGGCCGGGGCCCCAAACGCCUAUGGAAGACCGAACCCGCCAGCACAAUACCCUCCCACUGGUGCCGUGCCAUUAGGGCAGCCAGGAAACCCUAGAGGACCUGGCUACGCUAUGGGCCCCCACCCACAAGCUAGGCCUAUGCGACACACCGCAUCUCAGACAAUGAACCAGGCGGCUCCGCAAGUUUUUUCGCAGUCGAUUCCGCAUCCUAACUCCAAGCUGCAAGCUAAAAGUGCACAACCUUCACCCAGGGCCGGUGGCUUCUCGCAGUUCAUGCCUGCAACAGCCAAUAAUCCCAACCCAUACAGUGCCAACCCUUAUACCUCGUGA